GUGCUCGAACCCCAAACGCGCGCUUCCUCGCCUUAGAAAAAGAGUUCUUAAAAACUAUCGUUUACACACAGCCAGAUGCCUGCCAUCUUUACGCCCGUUGCGUCGCUCAAGGGCCAGAGCGUCGCCUCCGCCACGCAGUUCUCGCGGGCUGACAUCGACGCCUUAAUCCAACUGGCGCUCGACAUGCGGGCCCACAUUGAAGCGGGCAACACCAUCGACGCGCUGCACGGUCGCGUGAUGACGCCGCUCUUCUUCGAGGACAGCUCCCGCACCCUUUCCAGUUUCUGCGCCGCGAUGAUGCGCCUGGGUGGCAACGUCGUGAACUUCAAGGUGGAGACGUCGUCAGUGAACAAGGGCGAGACGCUGCAGGACACCGUGCGCACGCUGGACGCGUACAGCGACGUGCUGGUGCUGCGGCAUCCGAAGGAGGAGGCGCUGGAGCAGGCCAUCGGUGCCGCCACGCACCCGGUCAUGAACGCCGGCAACGGUGCGGGGGAGCACCCCUCGCAGGCGCUGCUGGACACGCUGACCAUCCACGCCGAGCUCGGCGCCGUCGACGGGAUCACCAUCGCCCUGAUUGGGGAUCUCAAGAAGGGGCGCACGGUGCACUCCUUGCUGAAACUGCUGACGCAUAACUUCGACCUCAAGAAGGUGUACCUGGUGGCCCCGGCAGGGCUGGAGAUGCCGCAGGAGGUUCUGGACCACGUGUCGGCCGAUGUGCAGCGGCGCGGGAUUCAGCUGGAGCAGGCUGCUGGUCUCACACCGACGAUUGUCGGCGACUGCGAUGUGCUCUACACAACGCGGCUGCAGAAGGAGCGCUUCGAGGCGUCCGCAACCGGAGACGCGGACGCCAUGGCGGCUUUUGCGGCGGCCAAGUCGGGUCUGCUGAUCGACAAGGCGCGUCUUGCGGACGCCAAGGCGAAGAUGAUCGUCAUGCACCCGCUGCCCCGUGUGGACGAGCUGAGCGUCGACGUCGACAGCGAUCCCCGUGCGGCGUACUUCCGUCAGAUGCGCUACGGCCUGUUCAUGCGCAUGGCCAUCCUCUUCAGCGUCCUGGCAUGA